ACGUUUAAGUCCAGUCCACAGCGCCGGAGAUGACAUACUCGAUUCAGACCUUUGAAUUCAAGUUAACAUGGCAGAGGUAGCCCCUGCAGCAGCCCCGGCGAAAGCGCCCAAGAAGAAGACCGCUAAGACCGCUAAGAAGAAGGUGGGACCCUCUCUUAGCGAGCUUAUCGUCAAAACCGUGGCCGCGUCCAAAGAGCGAAAUGGUGUUUCCCUCGCGGCGCUCAAAAAGGCUUUGGCCGCCGCCGGCUAUGAUUUGGACAAGAACAAGAACCGCGUUAAAACCGCCGUUGUUGGCCUGGUGACUAAAGGAACCCUCGUCCAGACCAAGGGAACCGGCGCUUCUGGUUCAUUCAAGAUGAACAAGAAGGCCGAAGGGAAGGCGAAGGCCCCAGCUAAGGCUGCGAAAAAGGCCCCAGCCAAAGCUAAGAAGCCCGCAUCUAAGAAGGCAACACCGAGCAAGAAGCCCAAAGCUGCUGCCACCAAGAAGCCGGCCGCUAAGAAAUCCGCCAAAAAGCCGGCUAAGGCCGCGACGCCCAAGAAAGCAGCUAAGAAGGCUACCAAGAGCCCCAAGAAAGCCGCUGCGCCCAAAAAAGCACCCGCGGCCAAGAAGGCUUCCGCCGCCAAAAAGAGCCCGGCCAAGAGGGUAGCCAAGCCAAAAACUGUUAAAAAGGCAGCACCUAAGAAGAAGUAAAAUGACUCUUCUUUCAACAAAAGGCUCUUUUAAGAGCCACCACAUAUUCCUCAAAGAGCAAAAUAUACUUUAUGAUGUAAUGUUUAACGUGAUGGAUCUACAGAUAUUAAUACUGACUUGCCAUCAUCAUAUACAAGCCAAAUGGGCAAAGUAUGGCAGUUGUAUAAUUUCUAUAAUAAAAAACACAUCUAAAACAUU